AUGGAAAUCCUGAACCCUGCCUUUUUAGAGGCCGAUCCCUCCUCUUCGGCCGUUACUUAUGACCCCAGAGCUGAGACAGUGACUCUACCUGCAGCUGUGGUGUCUGUGGCAGGAGUUACCGUUGUGACCGGCGGCGUGGAGCUCUCAUGCAACUCCUGCUUGUUGGCGUUUGGAUUUUGGGGCGCCCUGGUUAGCCUGAGUUGUAUCAGCGUUGGGGUGUGGGACCAGACAAACCACUCCAGGAAUGGAAUCUCUCACCCGCUGGCUCUGGGACUGGUGAUCUUGGCUCUCAGCUCAAUCACAGUGGGAAUUGUGGUGGUAUUUUAUCUCCUGAGAAAACACAGGAAACAAAUGACGUGUCAACAAAGAGGAGAAGGGAAAGAAGUGCUGGUGGAAGAGAGUGGCGAUGUUAAAAAGAAGUGGAUAUCUUUUAGAAUGGACCAUAAAACAUUGCACAAGACCAUACUUGUGCGAGAGCUAAAGGUGUGGAAUCUCCAGAGAAACUAUGCUAUUUUAGUUUGA